GCGGUGCUGUGUCGACGCACCGGACGUCGCCUCGAGGAGAGAUCCGGCCCGCGAACGUGUGCAACGGUAACGAUCAGCUGUGGUAGACAUGAAGACCGAGGUGUCCUGGAAGCGACGGCUUCUGCGAAAGAAGUUGAAAUAUAUGCUGGUGUGCGUCUUCGUAGUCGCCGUGAUAUUUGUGUUUCAUCAGCUGUUUUACCUGAAGGAGUUGAAUCGGGACACCAUGGGCAAGUUGAUCGCCGGCUCGGUGCAGGAUCCCCACCGCGUGGUUGUUGGCAAUCGAGCCGACAAGCGGAAUCAGCCGUUCUUUUCCAAGCUCAUACGCGACAAGUACGGUCAAACGGUGUCGUUGCACGGCACACGAGACCAGGACAUGUUCAAAUACAUGCCCAAUGUCAAUGGGAAAUUCGUAUGUUUUACCUCGAAAAAGGAGAUUGAUUUUGCAAAGAUCAACGACGAUUAUUGCGAUUGUCCAGAGGAGGGUAGUGACGAACCAGGUACCAACGCCUGCAAUAAUGGUUUCUUCUAUUGUGAGACAUAUUCAUUAAGAAAGCUACCAGCAAGAAUAGCAUCAUUUAAAGUCAAUGAUGGAUAUUGUGACUGUUGUGAUGGUUCUGAUGAAUGGGCUGAAACUAAAAUAUUGAAUAAGCUCAUGAAGAAGUUGCAAUCUAAGUAUUAUUUUCACAAUAAUUUUACUAUCACGUGGAAGCCGCUCGACGCAAUUCAGGAUGGCGCGCGCUGCGAAUACGCGGUGAUCGUGCUGAAUCGCCCCAUAUACUGGAAGCGCGACAUGCUGCUCCCAUUCUGGCAGAAAGCUCGAAUCACUGUUACUGUGGACGGUGGUACGCAAAGGUGGCUGAACUAUCUUGAGGAGCAUGGAAUAGAUGCAUUGAACGGCGAGUACAAACAAUAUGUACCGAAUCUCAUCACAGGAGAUAUGGAUAGUUGUACACCAUUCGUGAUCGAAAAAUUGGGGAGUAUAGGAUCCACGAUCAUCGAGACGCCCGAUCAAAAUCACACGGAUUUUACCAAAGCUCUACUGCAAGUUGCACACUAUGCCAAGACGUAUAAAAUAAAUUUAGGUGAAAUAUACGUACUUGCAGAAACAUCCGGCAGGUUUGAUCAUAUCAUCGGUAAUGUCAAUACCUUAUACAAAAGUGACAAGCUUGUGGGAAAUAUACAGGUGAUACAAGUUGCAAGUAACUCUCUGACGUGGAUAUUAAAACCUGGUUUGCACAGUAUACAUAUCCCGGAGAUUCUGGUGCGUCAGAAAUCUUGGUGUGGUUUGUUACCGUUUGGUUAUCCUGUUAAUUGUAUAUCAACGACUGGCUUGAAAUGGAAUUUAAAUAACACGACUAUGCAGUUUGGUGGUUUGAUAAGUACUUCAAAUACAUAUGAAGAUUGUGAGGUAACUGUGAAUACGGAUACGUCGGUAAUUUGGACUAUGGGUAUAGAUUCUCUUAAAGAAAAUGAUGAUGAAACAUCGUAACAUUCUACCAUUAUUCUACUAAAAGAUAAUGAUAUAGAUGUGUGAUGCAAAUUAUCAGAUAUGGUUUAGGUUAAACGUGCUAAAUAUUAGCUCUGUUUAAAGUAUUUGAGAUAUUUUUUCAAACAGUACUAGUAAACUAGAUCUGCAUAAAAUUAAAGACAAUUUGGAAUUGUUUUAAUAAUUAAUAAUAGUUUUAAUAAUUUUAAUAAUAGUUUUAAUAAUUUUGAAUCAUAUUUUACUGAAAUUGGUACAAUUGAUACUAUUGUGGUAUCUCUAUCUAUAACAAUAUAAUAAUGGAAUGAAUCAUUAUUAUUUACUGCACAUUUUGUUCAAAAAAUAGUUUCCCAUUUAGUGUAAAAAAAAUCCAAACAUAUAGAAUUCUGUGGAAUGUUACAGAAUUUUAUUUAAUAUCAGCUAUGAAUUUUUUUUCAUUGUUUUAGGAAUGGAACAAAAUGUUUUCAUUGAUUAAUGCUGUUGCUUAGCGAUAACAGAUAUUACGUUAUCAUUAAAAUUGAAAAUAAUUGCAAAUGUGUGUUAGUCGUAAAGUUGCUGCAAAACGUAAUGAAACAAACCCUGCAGUAACUAUAUUAUUAUAUACUUAUAUGCAUUCCAAAGGAAAUUAGUUAAAAAGAGCACAAAUAAUGUUACGUUCCUAUUUUAUUUGCGUGUAUAAAACCAAAGCCAUGAUAAAGUCAUGACAUUUUUAACACAUAUUGUAUGGAUGGAAGUUUAUUGAUCCUGAAACAAAUACUACACAAUUUCAUAAUCUUUUAAAACUUUUAACUUUUUAAUCAAUCCUUUUUAUAAACUAAGGAUUGAGAUCGAAUUCGCGGCUUGCUGCCUACGAGUCGACUGCUACAUACAGGAAGCUUACACAGAGUCACGUGACAUGACAUUUUAAUAACUAUUACAGUAAUGUACAAUUUUGAAUUUUAAAUUAGAAUUCUUUUAUAUAGUGAACCGACUAAAAUAUGUUCGCUUCUUUAUGCGUUUAUUCUUAGAAUGUACAUCAGAUUUCUGAUCUUUAAUCUAUUCAUUAUUGAUUUAUCUCCUAGUCAAAUACAAUAUUUAUGCAGGCAACACAAAAAUCUGAGAUAUCGUUAAUACAAAAGAGAUACUAUUUUUUUAAGCAUCUUAGAAUUUUGUGUUAUCUGUAUUACGAAAUAUUUCUUACGUUGCAGACGAUUUGUAUUUUAAUGGACCUGUACAUAAUUAGCGCAUGAUGUAAGAAUAUGUCUCGUUAAAUCUUCCUCGAGUGUUUGUAGACAACGCAUAACGCAGGUAUUUACUUGGCACGGCGAGAGUGUCGAGUCGAAAUAGUAUCCCAGGCGGUACCUGCCGCUUUAUAGCCGCCCGCACUUGCGUCUAUAGUGCCCGACUGUUCGUAUAAUAGCAGGUCGCUACCGCCGCUAUCGGGGCUAGAAUCGGAGCGUGUACUUCGGCGAUCAGCUGUCGCGAAUGUUUACAUUCGUCGGCCGAGUGCCGAGCUUGUGGUGGGGUCGCGGCCACCGUCCAGUUUCUUUCAGCCCGUCGUGUCGCGCGGUUCACGUAAUCCGACGAGUGCUUUUUAUCGUGCCUUAUCGUCGCGCUGUCGCGCGGUAUCGAGCAAAUGCCAGCGCGCACCUUUCUGUGCUUUCCAGAAUCGGGUAAGCUUGCGAGUCGCAGAGGAGAGGGAGAGGGACACGUGGCAAAAUAUCACGAAAAUAUUUGUCCAACGAGUAUUAUACAGCAAGUAAAAGUACUGUAAAUUAGUAUCUCUGUCAAUACGCUGGUUAAAGGGGGUACGUUUACAGCAGCAAGAUUUAAUGACGAUUGUUAUGCCAUCAUGAUAGUAAUAUCUUUAUAUUGAAAUUUAUAUUAAUUGACCGCAUAGUUGUGCGAGAAAUAUCCAAUCCACGUAAUUUAUAAUUUUUGAAUUAUUGUAACCAAUAGGUAAUCCGAACAUUUUCUUACAUUUAAACAAAAAAGAUCCAAAGCUAAUAUGUGCCUAAAAUAAAAUAAAAAUAAAAAAAACAGUUUUUACUUACAACUCUUUCUCGGCUAUUUGUAAACUCGAAGAAAUAAAUAUUUAGCAAUUUUUACCUAUAUUUUUAAAUUACAUUAAAUAUUUACAUUUUUUCUUGAAACGGAUCUUCAUGUGGGAUUGGACGUUUCUUGCAUAACUAUAGCCAAUCAAUAUUGUUGUGCCAAUAUAAUGUUUUUUGUUGUUACAUCGUUUGAUAAUAUUAUAGUACAUUUGUACCGUUUGUAUAUUAACUUUGUAUACGUAUAUAUCCGUCCUUAAACGAGUUUGCUCCGAAGGAUAUGAACGAUCGGAUGCAAUGCACAGUAUCCCAGUGUUUAAAUAAACAGAUUGUUAUCGCAAAUGGUAGUUGACAUUGUUAAAUUGUAUCGCUGUUGUUAUUGAAAAUUAAAAUCGUUGAUCAAAACUCAGUAAAUCACGAAAUUGAAGAAAGAUAUGUUCUACGCAAAAUACGAAACUUUUGGAGCAACUCGCAGCAAUCUAUUUUUAUUGCUCAUCUUCAUUUAAUGUUGACAGCUACGGCGCAUUCUCCGAAUAUUCUUGCACCUACGAUCGAAAUACACUGUUUUCUCUUUUUAUUAUAGAUUUGUGAUGUUGAAGAUUUUUAUAAACAGCGAGUGUUUAUGUUACGAAUUUUUUCACAUUCAAUUAUUUGAUUCUAAACAAAUCUACCUAUUGUACUUAAAAUAAUGCUAACAAUAACAAUAAUAUUUGUACGAAUUUCCAAGAGGACAUUAACAUCUUUUACACGAGGUAACAGGCGAUCGAAAUACAAGCUUCCAAAACAAUCGAGUGAUGGAAAUCCGAGCGGUGCUUGAAAAUCGCACAGAAGCUUCUCUCAGAUCUUGUACAUACGUACGUUCUCAAACUUCACACAAUCGACAAUCAACUACUCCAUUAACCGCUCAGAUUUCCACUCCCGUGAGACGCGGAGCGCGCGUUUCGACGGAACUCGAGAGCCUCGCUCGCUAGACGCACCUCGGACACGGACAAAUAGUCGAGCUUGGCUCCGGGUGCUUGCGACUCGAGCCACCGAAAUGGUGUCAGACACCGAGUGUAAAUAACCUUAUGAACGUAAGAAUAGACGUACGAGACGAAUUGGGGUUUAUGUAUCUUCUUGCACCGGAGAAGACUCACGGCAGUCGCGCGACGGGAUUCCGAUUUCAAACGUGUCACCGCGUGCUUGCUUCUUGAUAGCCCUUUUUGGUUCUCAAAUAAUAAUAAAGCGCGAUAAUUUUUUAUCUCUCUUUGUUUAAAAAUAAAACGAUAUCGAGUUCGAAAAACAAAAGUUCAAUUUCAAAUUUCGACAGUUUCGAUUUUAUAGGCCAUAAAGCUUGCCUAGCUGUAAACUGUUACACGCUACCGUGCCAAAGGCUUGCUGCUGAAUCUCGCGCAAACACGGGUCUUAACUUGUGCAAUGUACAGCAGCCCCCGCCGCUGAUCUUAUUUUCGCAUUCAGCUGCGAUGGCGUUAAUCUUUAUACGCUUGUCUACGGACUUCGUCUGAUCUCGCAUGAGCCAAGUCAAAUAAUUGGCGUGACGCCUUUGAUUACUCAGAGGCGCGUCUAGUCGAGCCUCGGAAUGAAACCCGAGUUUAGGACUUAUGGGUGCGAGAAAACUGAAGCUUGGCACUUUUCCAGCGGUCAAUAUGAAAUUUUCAUCAGAUCAUAAAUGACGUUGAUUUGCUCACUGUCUGUUCUUGCGUCCCACGUUUAAUUCGUUAGGCUGAGUUUCGCGUUGCUAUUCGAAGAACGACGAAUUAAAGGAACAAGGAGAGCAAUAAUCAUGAUCUUUUCAAAAUAUUACAGUGAAAACACCGUGUUUUAUUUCAAUUUUAUGAGUUACUGAAUUUUUAGAAGCAAGUGAAACCAGAAUUUCUAUGUCAAUUAAUGAUUUUAACUUUUGGUGACAAGACAAUAUCUCAUAAAAGCGCUACAAUAUUAUUAAUAUUAAAUAAAAUAUUCCUGAAAUAUUUAAUAUUAAUAGAAGAUAGUUAUGUGUCCAUUCCUGGUACAUGUUAUUUAAUUAAAGAAAGAUGAACCAAAGGGAAGUAAGAGCGCAAUAUUCAUACUUUUAUCAAAAUAUUACAGAGAACCGCGUGUUUCUUUUCAAUUUUGUGAUUUACUGAAUUUUCAGAAACAACACACAAAUUUUUAUGUCAAUGACUUUAACUUUUAAUGACAAUACGAUAGUAGCACAAUUUAUUGUGUUAUUUAAUUAAAGAACGAAUUAAAAAGACGAAUUAAAGGGAUAUGAAACCGAAACAAUUAUGCUUUUAUCAAAAUUUUAUAGUGAAAACUCAUGUUUUUUUUAAUUCUGUAAUUUACUGAAUUUUCAAAAGCAGAAGACACGAAUUUUCACAAUUUUUAAUCCAUUUAAUGCUUUUAAAUUUUCAAGAAUAUUUGUAACAAUAGUGAUAUGAUGAUAAUACAAUUUAACGGUGUCAACUGCAAACGUUAUUUGCGAUAAUAACCUCUUAUUGAAACAUUGAUAUAAUUGGAUAUAAUGCAUUGUAAGUAUAGUUUGUUUAAUAAUAAGAGCGUGAGCGGCAUAUCUUUUGUGUGGAAAACGUUAAACGGAAAAUUCCGGUGGAAGAGCAAAUAGCGAGACUCUACGAGUUUUAAAUAAAAGUUCGUUUUUAUGGACAAAAGACAUUCAAUAAGUGCUCAAAACUGUUUCUCUACACACACUCGAAAGAACUAAAGUUUCUUGGAAAAAAAUAUGGAAGUUGAAACAGAAUUGAUUCGAUGGAUUCAUUUCAUAUAUAGUUAUAAAAUUUUAUUUUUUUUUUUUAUGAAUCAAUAGUUUAUUUUAUAUGCCAUAAAUUUAUCAAAUAUUAUUAUUUUUAAAGGAGAACUUGAUUGGAAGUGUCAGUAAUUUUAUCAAAAGCAACUUCAUGUUUAAAUUGAAAAUGUUCAUUGACCUAUUAACAAAAUCAGAUUGAUGUAUUUAAAUAAAAUUGCAACAGAACACGUACUCGGUCCAUCUGUUUACAUGAAAAGAUGAGACAGAAUAGCAGAUAUUAAAUAAAUAAGAUAAUCAUACAUACACUUACGAAACUAAUUGUUUUUACACGAUAUGAAAGUUUAUUUUAUGUUACAAAUUAAAAUACUUUUGAAAAAAAUUUGUUGCCAAUGGUUUUCACUUCCAAUCGAGUUUUUCUUAAAAAGUUAUAUUUGAUGAAUUUGUAACAUAAAAUAAACCAACCUAGGUCCGAACAAUUUCGUGACAAAUAUCCGAACAGUUUCGUGAUACACAUAGAUAUCUUUAUUUCAACAAUACUAUAAUUUAGUGGAAAACGUGCAUCGGAAGUACUAAGGAAUGGUGGCGAGUGAACGACUAAUGCUCAUUUUUUCAUCAAUCCCAGCGAGAAAUGAUAAUAGAAUUGAUGUCGAAAUUAUUCGACUGAUAUUUUGAUAUUGAUUCGAAUUCGAUUCGAUAGAUCAUUCCUCGCUAGGAUGUAGAUUAACUUUAAUCUUGAUUUAAUUUAUUCUUUAUCUUUUUCUAGUUUUAAGAAUUAAAAAAGGAUAAACAGUAAGUUAAACCGAGAUCAAAAAGUUAAGCUACAUUUGUGUAAUGAACAUUACUAAUGCAAAGAACCGUAAUACCAAUUUAGUGAUAUAUAUCUAUAUUUUUCUCUAUUAUUGUAAUAAAUAGUUUCAAAGUUAUGCCGGUCACGCUCUUAUUAAAUAGGCCGUAUCGUAUCUUCUCGGUCAACUUCGAAGAAUAAUUGCUCGUGGGUGUUACUCGUGGAUAACACCCGUAUUUUCCGGCGUAGAGAGUCCGAGAAGCGGGAUAAUUUCGUGUACCGAGUAUACGUAAAAAGCCACAUAUAUCUCGUAUAAAUAGCGUCGGGAUAUACGGGGUGACGUAGGGAUCAGCGAACAACGAACGUUCGUUCUACGGCCGGUUGGCGAAGUAUCGCACAAAUAACACAAAUAUACGAGAGCAUUAUACCUGAGAGUACGUAUCUGCACGUGAAGUCUACCCGCGAUAUCGUAACCGUAACCGCGGCGGUCGUUGAAAAACUCUCAUCUUUACUACGACUGCACUGCCAAGUCAUGUCGCUUUAUGCACGAGUCCGGAUAUAAAUAAAGCAGCCGGUAUCGAUUUUCUGCGUGUCGAAGGGUGACAGAAGGGUCGCGGAAAUUGUGAUCAAUAUUGAUUACAUAGUCAAUCGCCUUGGCACACAUGCCAUUACUUAUCAGUUAACGACUAUGACAACCGAAAUUACGAUUUACCCGAAGGAGACGGAGGAUCUCGUGGGGAAGAGGAAAGGUGUAAUUUGAAAUCUAAUAUUAAUUUGGAAUCGAUUUUGCCAUAAAAGAACAUCGCGGGUAAUGUUCUUAGUUAAAAAGUAAUUUUUGGAAAUUUUAGAAAAAAACAAACGAUUCUUUUUCUGUUUUUCUCUUUGCUAUGUUUUUUCGGUUUCUUUUCUUGUAAGAUGAUGUCAAUUUUAUUGUCCUUUACUCUAAUCGCCCUCUGUCAAUGGUUUUAAGACUUCUCUCACAUGUAAGAGUUCUAAUAAGUAACUUAUCCAUAAAGUCUGCUGUCUUUAUCACGGUCGUGUUUUUUUUUUCUAUAUUUUUCAGAAAAGAUGAAAAAAAUACCGAGUUUUUCCCUCAAUGUUACUUUCUUGGAAAAUAAAAAUAAAAAAAACCCGGUAAAAUAUAGUUUUUUCUUGAUAUUUUUUUUUUAAUUAAGAACAUUAAUUGAAAAAAAUUAUUUAAUUUACUACUCAGUAUUAAAUACCUUUACUACUCCCAAAUUAUACAGGUAAAUCCAUUAAAGUGUCCACAGGAAAUUAAAAAAAGAAUAACUGUCUAUUUUGAAGCUUUAGUUCUGGAAAAGUUCUCGAUUUCCAAUCGUUCGUAACUCAAAGACUAUCGGUUCGCUGGUAUUUUUGUCGUGGGGACGACUCCAAAUUGAUCAAAGAAUCCGUGGAUUACAGCUCUCUCUGUCUCUUCGACAGGUCUGGGAUACCCUGCAUUACGCUGUUUUCUGCACGCUUGUGAGGUGAGGUAAUCGAACGAGCCAUAGACUGUCUCGCUGUAUAUAUACAUAAUUCUGUCGGUCGAGAGUAAAAGUUCGAUGCCCCUGUUGACGGUUUGUACCCUAUCUAGUUUAGCUUUAGCUUCAUCCUUCUUUGGCGCGAUUUAUUCGCUUCGUCUCGACACGUGCUCGAACUCGAACAUCGUAAUUAACGAGGAAAGAUUCAGAGACAAAAUUUAUCUCUCCACUAUAUUCUGUUUUUUGUUUCUUUAUUUCUGCUUCUUUCGCAGAAAACAAUUUAACCGCUAUCUCUGUAGGCGAAAAAAAGAAGCAGUUUAUCUAAAUUUGUAUGUCUGACGUUAAUAAGACAGUUUAAUAAAAAAUAAACUCCUUUUUUCGAACACCAAAA